GAAAGGUGAGUGGCAAUGUUUUGUUUGUCUCUACUUUUUAUAUUCUGCCUAGCGACGAGCUCUAAAGUUUAGUAUUACUUUGAGUGUUGCGUUCGAUUUUCAGUUUUUAGCUACACUGACCGUUUACUAGAAGUUGCUAUCUGUCUCUUGUCUAUUUUGCAGUUGUACCUUGUGUGCGUUCAUGGGCACAUGCAUGAGUAUCCCACUCUCAAUAAAUGUUAACAUUGAACCGCCCUUUUAAGGAUAAUAUUUGAAGGUUGGCUAAAGUAGGUUGUCUUUUGAGUCUGAUCUCCUAAAACCCAUCUGAGCUCCAUCCGAUUACUCUGGAUUUACUGAGUUGAUUUUAUAAUCGCCACAAUGUAGACCACUGAAAAUACCACUUUAAGUCAAAAUUUAUCAAGUGAAACUUUUGACAUGUCAACCUUAGCUGCAGCUAAGGUUUGUACCUUAGGUCCUUCACAUUGAGGGUAACAGCACAUAGCAAAAACCUGAGUGCACAACUGGAUGAUGAGUGGUCAAGUAUUCCCAUUUGUACUUUGGUGACAACUUAGUCUGGCGAGGAUUGCUCUUUUUCCCGGGAACAUAAGAUCAAUACUGACAUUUUUUGACUGUUUCAGUGAAUAAAAGAAUACAACGACGAGGAAAUAGUAAAUUAAAUAAGGACAGAUCAAGCCAUUGUAAAUUAAACUUGGUUUAUGAUUUAUGAAAGCACGACGUUAAGCGUUUUAAUACCACUGUAGUUGGUCUAGGCUCAUAUCAAAUGGAGUCCCCUACUAAAAGUUCCUAUCUACUUUUGAGAUUCAUCACACAUUUAAUUAUUGUGUUUGUCUUCACUUUCAAGACUUUAAAACUGCGAAUACAUACUUUUCCACUAUGUCAACCGAUUUCUGAUAAGUGACAAUUUAGUAACAAAAGAACAAAAACAUUUGUUAAAAAACUGGUAAUACUACUUGAAUAUUUAUAUGUAAUUUGGGUAGUAGUCGAGAAUGUAUAAGUUGGGUAAAGAUCAACCUCUCGAAAGCACGUUGCGUAACACGAUGGGAUAGUGUCGCAGUGAUAUGUAAUUGAGAGGGGAACAGAUUCUUUAGGCAUAUGGAAUAAUCUUGGUAAAUGCACAUUAGUGAUCAGAUAUGAAAAGCUAUGCUUCAAGUCGUUAGUAAGCAUAAGUCGUUUAAAAGACACUAACCUCAAGGUUUAUGCGAUCACUUCUCUGGGGGUUGGAAAUCUGUCCCCAGACUCUGUGAUUCGCGUCAUGGAAUUUUUUCAGGUUUUAUCAAUAGGCUUAUUAAACUCAAACUACUUGAUAGUCAGGAUCUAUUGAUAAUACUGAUUGAGAAGGAGGAAGUGGUAGUUCUAGUGGACUGGACUAUUCGGAUUGGCAAAAUGACAAUUGUCAUUAGUUGGUAGCAAGUACUCACUGGUAUGUGCUUUGGAAAAUCCGACCAACACGCUUUUAUGACAUCUUGUAUUUUUUUUAUAAAUAAGUGAAUUUAAUGUAAUUAGAUUUUAUCCCCAAGCAUUCUAUGGGUUACUGAGUUUGAGUUACUUUUAUAUCUAACCCCCUGAUUGUUGCAACCAAGUUAUAUAACUCAUGAUACAUUGCUAAUUAUUCUUUGUUUGCAGAUGUUAUUUAUUUUCUGAAGACCUGUAGUUUUACUCAUCAAGUAUCUUCGAUAGUCACAUACGUAAACGUGCAAAUCAUAGAUGGCUGAGGACAGCAGUGGGCUCGGUUAUCGACUGGAGGAAAUCCAGUCAAGUAUUGCAGAGGGAAGGUUAAUGCUUAACGUUCUUCGUUCCCUUCCAACCACUGAGAAUAAUGAUGCAUUCAUAGUUCGUUUCGAGGAUCUAAUCAGUAGAUUGGAAAACUAUCAACUUCACAACAGAAAGAGCGAGGUGAAAGAUGUAAAGUUACAGUUGAAGACACUUAAGGAGCAACAAGACAGAAUUCAGUCUCUCCUUGGUCAGACAGCGACGAGUAUACAGGAUUCUGGUUUAUCCGAAGCACCCGGUGGGUCUUCCAGUGAUACUCAAGCAAAUGUAGUGUUUUCAAAUUCCGCAUCAGCACUGCUUUCCAAAUUUGAGUCCCUACUGUCCAAUGGAAACAACCAAGGUUGUCAAAAAGAUGGUGAUCGGGUUUCUUGUAAUGUUAGUUGUUCACGCAACUUUAAACCAAAGCAAGAACCAGCGGUUACUACCCAAGAAAACGAUAAACUAUCAACCCUUAACACUAAGCAAUUGUUGAAACCUCUAGAUUGUGAAGAGUCGACAGAUUUAUCGAACCACUCUGAUAUUCAUCUGUCUGAACUACAGAAAUUGAUUGAAGAAUCAGAAAGAUUUGAUGAGAUGGUUAAACGACUUGUAUUAAUAACAAGGAGAGCAAAUCUUGGUGAAUCUACAAAGUUGCUGGUAGAUAUUUCAAAACGAUUCUCUGAGCUUCAGAUCAGUUUUAAUUCACUGAAAGAAAGUUAUGAUUCGCUUCAUAGUGAGCCUCAACUCCCUCCUGAAUUGCGUAAAGUUCAGCUUUCAAGUUUUCGUGAAUUUCUCAACAGUCUUAGCCGUAAUUUUGAUUCAACCAAAGAGUGCUUUUACACAAUUCAUCAUCUUGUCAAAGCUACUAUUGAACAACAACUGGCGAAUGGAACACUGCAGGAUGUAGAUCAUAGUGAUGAAGAAAAUAAUUCAACUUUGCCUGUCAAUCCAACUGGUUCUGUUACUGUAAAAGACAGUAAUAUAGAACUAAAUACAAGCAAACAAAUUAAUGAUGAACACAUUGAAGAUGGUGAUCCUGAAUUUUUAACUCAAAAGGCUUAUUUAAUAGCAUUACAGCAGCGUACAGCUCAAGAAAAAGAAGAAAUUGCAAAAUUACUACAACAACGAGAUGAACUAGCUGGACGUUUGGCAUCACUUAAAGCAGCUGCUAGUAGGGCAUCAUUUGAUAAUCGUGUUACUUCUGGCGACUCAGUCGAAUCAACUCAAACUGAUGAAUUGGAAAAUGGAAAUGAACGUAAUAGUGGAUCGGUCAGUGUAUCACCUGACAUACUUUCUAGUUUGGAAGCUAAAAAACGUGAGUUGGAUGAAUUAAAGACUCAACUUGAACUUCUUCGCAAGGCUGAAGCUAAAAUCGCUAAAUUUACACCUGCUCUACAAGGUCCAAGAGAUAUACAUAAUUCAAACAUUGCUGCUCUACCACAAGAGACGUUAGACAAUAAGCGAGUCACUUCUGCUUCGCAGUCCAUUCUUCCAGAAGUCAGUUCACCUCGGACAAGAUUUGCAAUUUAUAAAGAUGACUCUGAUGAUUUAGUAAAUACAAAACCCGCUGGAAAUGUAUCAUUAUCUUCGGAUUUAUCAACCAAAGCUGAUUCUGUGACUUUUCAGCAACCAGAGGUGACCUGUAUUGAUAACACCGAACGUUUGUAUGUUAAUAUGCGUGAGGCACGAAUACAAAUAGAAGAACAACGGAAUCGAUAUGAUCGGAGCACUUCAAAUGGAAUCAAUAAUACCAAUUCUACCGCUCAAAAAUCAUUGCAGCAUGUCAGUUGUAGCGGUGCUUCUGUCGCAACUAGUCAAGAUAGAACAACUCUAGCAACUUGGGGUGGAUCUUCACCUGUCCCUUCUUGUUCAUCCGAAGCUUCUGAAGCAAGUGAUGAAGGAGAUGGAGUUAGUGUUUCUGACUCCCUACCUCUAAGUACAUGUCUUUCAGUGUCUGCAGUUAAUAAUGCUUCUAAUGUUAUUCGAUCUGUUCCCAAUGGGCAUUUGAAAAGUGUACCCAGCUCUGUUGCAACCAGUUCCUUGGAUAUGCCUGGUGAACCAUGUUCAGUUAUUAAGAGAGCAUCACGAAAAUGUGAAGAUAUUCACAGAAAUAAUUUAGAUAAUGUUUAUGUUUCUUCUACUGAUGAUGUUCCGUAUAAAUUAUCACUUCCGCAGGUUGGUCGAAGUCCAUCUCCUCCAACUCGUCACAAAAACAAAUCAGGGGAUACUCAAAUAAAGGAUGGUUUAAAUAAAUUGAUUGAUCAACGUUUACACUCACAACAAAAUUCAUUAGGUGAACACACUAAUGCUUCUGCUAACCAGAAUACUGGAGUUUUGGGUCAUAUAGUUGUUGCAUCAAAUUGUAAUGACUUUGAUGAUGGUCGAAUGUCAGAUCUGUCUGGUGCCAUAGCCAAUGAACGGAUUCAACGUUUAGAGUCAAAUGUAGCCCAGCUCUAUCAAGUAUGUCGUUGUUUGAUGCUCGAAAACUCUCAUUUGAAUUCUGCAGUCACUCAGUUAAUGUUACACAACUCAUCUCAUCAGCCUAUUUCAUCAAUCACAUCUUUGGAGCCGUCCAUUUCAGCUGUUGGAUCUAUUGCAUUUCAUCAGUGUCAAUGUAGUUCCUCUAUUCCAAGUUAUAACCAAAUACUAUUAACUGACUCGGGAGCAUCUUACCAAGCAAUGCUUUAUAGACAAGAGCAUCCAUCAAAGAAUUUACCUUGUUCCUUGAAUGUAUGUCCACGAAGUUCUAUUGCAUACGCUCCUAAUAGUUUAAGAGAUACUGACCAGCCGCUUACACAGAGUGGUGUCCAUGAGGUUCCACAGAUCCAGCUGCUUAUUAAUCAAAUUAUGCAACAGCAAUCUAAUCUUACUCAAUUGCAAUUGGAGCUUCAUCGUUUGACGCGAUCACAGUCACAAAUUAAGCCGUCACUUCUUCCUACUGAUGGUAAUUUCCAUGGACCUUUAUUGUCUCAUCCGGAGAAUACUGGGUUAAAUUUUCCGGCUGUUACUGCUCAUUUACUACAGGGGACUGCAGGAUUUCCUCCGUCUGUCGAGUCGAUCAGCCGUCAGGUUAAUUUUACAGGGACCAAUAAUUCUUCUCAAGUGUUUGGAAAUUCUGUCGUCUCACCCCAAACUUUGUCGGCUAACUGGUCUUUGAAUACUGUUCCUAAUGUUCACCAGUGUUCCAGAGAUGCUACGUUUUCAAAUAUAGGUCAAAGACCAUCUGUACAAACUGCAUCUAUUCCGAGCUCCGUUUUACUAACUGAUCCCAGUGUGAAUCUUGCAUCGCCUCAUGGUUCUUCUGUUGGUCAAAACAACAUUGGUUUCAAUAGACAUAUCUAACGAUGAAUCAGAAAAUAUCUCACAUUAUAACGUUUGAUCUCACCUAAUAAUCAAUUUUAACAAUUAAUUUUAUUGUUGCAUUUAGUUUCACCAUUUUCGACUUUCGUUUACUUUAUUUUUCUUAAGAAUGUAAUGUGUUUCUUUUUAAUAUUGAACAAUGUGUUUAGAUCAGUUGUGUUUCCUUCUUAUCCCUUAUUCUAUAUCCAACACUGACGGCUAUUUCACUCAACCAAAUAAAUCUCCCUUUAGUGCUCAUCAAAAAAUUCUGUUUAUGAAAUAAGUUCUAUCUUAUUGUAGUUUUAAUUUAUUAACAUCCUUUUGUUUUCAUAUUCCCAACCAAAAAAGACAAACAAAUAAAUUAGUUGAAAAUUAGUUCCUAUGCAUUAUUAUUACAGAUCAUCUGAUAUAUUGUUUCUUAUCUUCAAUCUUGUCAACACUCAAUGCAUUAAAAUAAAGAUGAAAUGUAACUUUUUGUUCAGCCAUCUUGUUUGUUUUUAGUAUUCUAUAUCAAUAAAUUGUUUUAAGUAGUCAAAGCUCACUUUAGUUCGACCUAUCUGUAUAAAGAAAAACUUCGAUACUAAAUAAUAAGUCACAGGCUUGAACCUCACUCUUUGUAAGUUAGUUUGAGCAGGUAGUCAUUAUCUGAAAGCUUAUAUCAUAAGUUUACUGUAUUAUCAAGUACUUCAUACCUUACUUGAUCAUUGUAAAGCAUUAUCAGAUAAGUUAUUGUUUUGUGUGAAUAUAUUCCAAAUUGUAUAUUCAAUCUCCAU